AUGUCCCAUAAGGCAGCCUUUGAAGCGCUUGAUAGAACACUACUAGACUUGAGAAACAAUAAGAAGAGUAUGGGUGGUGUCACCCUCCUCAUGGCUGGUGACUUCAGGCAAACGCUGCCUGUCAUUCCCAGAGGAACCAGGGCAGAUGAGCUGAGAGCUUGCAUCAAGUCCUCAUAUAUCUGGCAACAUGUUAAGCAGCUUACUCUGACAACCAACAUGAGGGUUCACAUUCAUGGUGAUCCGUUAGCCGCACAGUUCUCCAACAAGUUACUUGACAUUGGAAAUGAAAAACUUCCACAAGAUCCAGAAGAUAGUCUUCACCAUCUCCCAUGUGGCAAUAUGACUGCCUCCCUUGAAGAACUAAAGAGCAAAGUGUUUCCAAACAUUGCCACAAACUAUAAAAGUCACAAGUGGCUAUGUGAAAGAACAAUUCUGGCACCAAGGAAUGAUGCUGUAGACAAGUUGAAUCUAAAUUUGUUAACUCAGCUUCCAGGACCUGAAUUUUCAUACAGAUCAAUUAAUUCUGUCCCUGAUCAAGAACAGGAAACGCAUUACCCUGUGGAGUUCCUCAAUUCACUUCAGCCACCAGGAUUCCCACCACACGUUCUGAUCGUGAAAAUAGGUGCUCCCAUAACGCUAUUAAGAAACCUUGAUGCACCCAGACUCUGCAAUGGAACAAGGUUUCCCAAUGCCGUAAUUAAUACAAAAUUUGUUAAUUUACGAUGA